AUGGGUAAGGAGAAGAUGCACAUUAACGUGGUCGUUAUCGGCCACGUCGACUCCGGAAAGUCCACCACCACCGGCCACUUGAUCUACAAGUGCGGUGGUAUCGACAAGCGUACUAUCGAGAAGUUCGAGAAGGAAGCCGCCGAACUCGGUAAGGGUUCCUUCAAGUACGCAUGGGUCCUCGACAAAUUGAAGGCCGAGCGUGAGCGUGGUAUCACCAUCGAUAUCGCUCUCUGGAAGUUCGAGACUCCCAAGGCCGACUGCGCUAUUCUCAUCAUUGCCGCCGGUACUGGUGAGUUCGAGGCUGGUAUCUCCAAGGAUGGCCAGACUCGUGAGCACGCCCUUCUCGCCUACACCCUCGGUGUCAAGCAGCUCAUCGUUGCCAUCAACAAGAUGGACACCACCAAGUGGUCCGAGGAGCGUUACCAGGAGAUCAUCAAGGAGACCUCCAACUUCAUCAAGAAGGUCGGCUACAACCCCAAGCACGUUCCCUUCGUCCCCAUCUCCGGCUUCAACGGUGACAACAUGAUUGAGGCUUCCUCCAACUGCCCCUGGUACAAGGGUUGGGAGAAGGAGACCAAGGCCAAGGCCACUGGUAAGACCCUCCUCGAGGCCAUUGACGCCAUCGACCCUCCCAGCCGUCCCACCGACAAGCCCCUCCGCCUUCCCCUCCAGGAUGUCUACAAGAUUGGUGGUAUUGGCACGGUGCCCGUCGGUCGUGUCGAGACCGGUAUCAUCAAGGCCGGUAUGGUCGUCACCUUCGCCCCCGCUGGUGUCACCACUGAGGUCAAGUCCGUCGAGAUGCACCACGAGCAGCUUGUCGAGGGUGUCCCCGGUGACAACGUCGGCUUCAACGUCAAGAACGUCUCCGUCAAGGAGAUCCGUCGUGGCAACGUUGCCGGUGACUCCAAGAACGACCCCCCCAAGGGUGCCGAGUCCUUCAACGCCCAGGUCAUCGUCCUCAACCACCCUGGUCAGGUCGGUGCCGGUUACGCACCAGUCCUCGACUGCCACACCGCCCACAUUGCUUGCAAGUUCUCUGAGCUCCUCGAGAAGAUUGACCGCCGUACCGGAAAGUCUGUUGAGAACUCUCCCAAGUUCAUCAAGUCCGGUGACGCCGCCAUCGUCAAGAUGGUUCCCUCCAAGCCCAUGUGCGUUGAGGCUUUCACUGACUACCCUCCCCUCGGUCGUUUCGCUGUCCGUGACAUGCGUCAGACCGUCGCCGUCGGUGUCAUCAAGUCCGUCGCCAAGGCCGACAAGGCUGGCAAGGUCACCAAGGCCGCCCAGAAGGCUUCCAAGAAAUAA